AUGUCGACGCUCCUCAACAGCGCAGGCCGCCGCCUCUUCGCGCGCCACGUCGCGCAGUACGCGCCCCAGGACCCCAUGUACGAGCCGUACACCGACGCGCGCGGGCGCAGCAAGCGCAGGCGCCGCGCGCUGCCCCCCGGCCUCUCCCCCGCCGACGCAAAGCUCCUCGCCGCCGUCCAGCGCCGCGCGCACCGCCUCGACCGCGGCUUCUCCCUCUGCGGGCUCCGCUUCGGCUGGACCUUCGUCCUCGGGCUCGUCCCCGGCCUCGGCGACGCCGCCGACGCCGCGCUCGGGUAUGUGUUGGUCGUGAGGAAGGCAAGGGGCGCCGGCCUCCCGCCGUGGCUCGUCCAGCGCAUGCUCCUCCACCUCGCGCUCGCCACCUCCGCCGGCCUCAUCCCGCUCCUCGGCGACGUCCUCCUCGCAGCCUACAAGCCCAACUCGCGCAACGCCGCCCUCCUCGAGGAGUUCCUCCGCCUCCGCGGCGAGAAG